UAGUUCUUAUAUAGGAACCAGGUUGACAGCAAUGGCUUUACCAGAGAAUUUCGGAAGACAAAAGCAAGCUCAGAGUACAGCAACAAUCCUUUCCAUUGGCACGGCAAAUCCAGCUUUCUGUAUUUCUCAGAUUGAUUACCCCAAUUACUAUUUUAGGGUCACCAAAAGUGAGCACAUGACACAAUUGAAAGGGAAAUUCAAGCAAAUAUGUGAGAAAUCAAUGAUAAGGAAACGUCACUUUGUCCUUACUGAAGAAAUUCUUAAGAAGAACGCCAGCAUCAGCACCUACAACGACCCAUCUCUUGACGUACGUCGAGAAAUUGCUUUCGCUCAAGUUCCCAAGCUUGCCAUGGAAGCUGCAUCAAAGGCAAUCCAAGAGUGGGGGCAACCAAAAUCUCAAAUCACGCACCUCAUAUUCUCCUCACUUUCAGGUAUGGACAUGCCUGGAGCAGAUUACCAUCUUACGGAGCUGCUUGGCCUACCAUCAUCCGUCAAGAGAAUCAUGUUGAAUUUCCAACCCCGCUAUGCGAGCGGUACCAUCCUUCGAAUGGCCAAGGACAUCGCUGAAAACAAUGCUGGAGCACGCAUUCUUGUUGUCAGCACUGAGAUCUCAAUCGGUGCAUUUCAUGGACCCAACGAACAUGACAUAGCUUCGCUUAUAGGUCAAGCAAUCGUGGGUGAUGGCGCGGCAGCAAUGAUCGUUGGUGCUGAUCCUGAUGUCUUAAAGGAAAGACCAUUGUUUCUAAUCGUUUCGACAGCACAGAAUAUCAUCCCUGGCUCAGUUGGUGCAAUCGAAGGACAUGUACGUGAAGCAGGGUACAGUAUUCAAUUGUCAAAGGAUGUUCCAAAACUAAUAGCUAACAACCUUGAGAGCUGCUUGGCGGAAGCAUUAAGCCCGAUUAGCAUUAAUGAUUGGAACUCGUUCUUCUGGAUAGUUCAUCCAGGAGGGAGUGCAAUUCUCGACCAGAUCGAAAUCAAACUUGGGCUAAAAAAGGAAAAACUCCUAGCAACUCGGCAUGUGCUCAGCGAAUUUGGGAACAUGAGUGUUGCGUGCGUGUUAUUUAUCUUGGAUGAGAUGAGAAAGAAGUCCUUAGAGAAAGGAAAAGCCACAACAGGUGAAGGCCUAGAAUGGGGGCUUUUAAUUGGUUUAGGGUCUGGUAUUACAGUGGAGACAGUGGUGCUCCGCAGCUUCCCCAUUACUAUUACCCAUCCGUGAACGGCUUCACAUUUCCAUGAUUCUCCAUAAACUAAUAAUUCAUAUGGUCAUCGGUAAGUAAGGCAUUUGUUAUGCUACCCAAAUAAGCCCUACUUGAUCAUUGCAAUAAAAAGUUUGAAAUCUGUCAAAUUGAUCAUCUGUGAUCUUAAGUCGUUGAGAGUUUUAAUUAAGAAUUGCUUUUCUUGCAUAGCUUCUGGAUUUGGAUCUUUCCCUUUCUAUUUUUAUCAAAUAGCAAUUGAACCAAUUAAGUGGUGUUAUCUCA